UUUUGUUCAAAUGUUUGAGCCUUUAUUUGCCCCAAUCGGGGCCAAAAGGUAUUUAUUCAAUAAAGAUCAAAGUUCAAGAGGAGGCUCGUACCGACACACGUACAUCUUGUGUUAAAUCAACAACUGGUCUAAUUAUAUCACAAUUGUGAUUCUGCUAUAUGAUAUCUACAAGCGAUGUAUUAUAUACUGUUAGACAUCACUCUUAGAAUUGUCAUUCCACAUAAAUAUGGUGGUGAAUUUUCGCAACCGUUUUUAUCUGUAUGGCUGUACUGUAUCCCCAGUCUCGCUAAUUUAGAAACCAUUAUUGCUUAUCGUUGAUCGCCGAUCGGAGGCCACAAGGUGGAAUAAUUUGAUGAAGAUGACUUCUCCCGCUGUUCCUCCAGCAUGCCAUCGGCUGAUCCCCCCUAGGAGAUGGGUAGUAGUCGCAGCAUCGUUCCUUGUCUAUACCGUGCAGUUCGGUAUAACAUACAGCUACAAUGUUAUGUUUAUUGCUUUUAAAGAAGAAUUCAACAGUAGUGUUACAGUUACAGGUUGGAUCGGAUCGGUGUCAAUAGGCCUAACUCUGAUGGUCGCCCCACUGGUCAACAUUCUCACCGCGCGAUUCGGUUGCCGACGUGUCGCUAUAUUAGGCCUCUUAGUUAUGGUUGGUGCUCUCAUUGUGACGUCAUUUCUUACGGACAUUUUGGCGGUGUUUUUCGUGUAUGGACUAGUGUUCGGCGGAGGUGGCGGUAUACUGUGUGUUAGCUGUUAUGACGCAGUUCUUUUGUACUUCCCCGAAGAAAAUAACUUGAGGGCUAUGGGUUUGCUUCUCAGUGGAACAAGCUUUGGUCUGCUUUCAUUUACACCCCUAAUGUCUUUCAUCAUUUCAUUGUAUGGUUGGAGAAUCCUUCUUCGGAUACUUGGUCCAUUUCUCUUCAUGGUUGGAUUCCCAUGUGUCUGCUCAUUUUGUGUACCCCCACCCCACCCUUCAGAUAACAGUGCCAGCGUUGACAAACCGGAAAGCAAUCCCCAGCAGCAGGAUACCAACGAAUUCGAACCGUUGAAGGGGGACUAUAGAAUCCAAGAUACAUCCAAACAAACAGUAUCUUCAACAGAACAAUCUGAUUACUUCCCGCCAGGAAAGGAAACUCAUGUUGAAAGCUUACCUGUAAAGGUGACUGAGGCGAGAUACCAAAGAAUAAAAGAUAUGGACACGAUGGCUUCUAGAGGGCGCGCUUUGUAUGAACCCGAUGAAUGGACUGUACCGUGUGCGAAUGGAGAGACGGGUAACGCUGAUGUUGUAGGAACUUUAUCGAAUCCAAACAUGACGAGGAGAAUCCUAGUUGCACUGACUCUUCCAGAACUUUGGUUGAUAUCAAUAUCAAUGAUACUUAAUGGCAUCGGAGACUGCUUUUACUUAGUCAAUUGGAUAAAGUACAUGAUGUCAGUGGGGUUCACAGAAAUGACAGGAGUGCGGGUCGUGUCCGUGAUCGGGUUCGCAAACCUCGUGGGAAAGAUCGUCAUCAGUGCAAUAGGAGACUAUAUUCCAUUUCCACGGAUUUUCCUUCUCGUCAUUGCCAGUGGAAUCAGCAUCGUGAUCAUGCUCCUCGUCUUGUUCACUAGGAGUGAGGUCGUCAUGUAUGGCAUUGCUGUGGUUGUCGGCGGAGUAACGAUGUCGACGACCAACACAAUCAGUUAUAGCCUUUCAAACGAAUUCUUUGGGCCGCGGAGGGCGCUAGAGACCUCGGGUAUUAUUUUAUGCACCUAUGGAUCUGGAUUUGUUCUCGGAUCUCUUGUCGGUGAGAGUAUCGACAAAACCGGAUCUUACACGAGUGCAAUUUGGUCUUUCAUUGGAAUGCACCUUGUAUCUGGUCUUUGUGUUUUAAUGUCUCCUGUGUACCAACGUUUCUUCGCCCCAGACCGAUUUGUGACUUACGAACUCUAUCGGAAAAAGAAGGAGGCAAGGAAAAAAUGCUCGGUGUCUCAAAAGCAGUCAUUUGAUUGUAAAAAUGGUAACCUACCGUUAAGUCAAACGAUUGUUUGUGAUCGAGUAACGAGUGUUUGAUAGUAAACAGAUUAAAGGCAUCGCGGAUCCCAACAGAGACUCGGCGACUGAGAUGAAUAAUAAUAACUUAUUUAGUCAGCUGCUCUUCCAGCGGGCCCUGCAUAGGAUUAUAUGUUAUUAU